GGAGCUGUAGCCUGUUGCUUAUGUUCCUCAGAUGUGCCGCUAGCACUCAGUGAACAACACAGACGAAGUGGAGUUGAAGCUCUGCGCAGCAGCUCGUAUUUCUCCUCAUCUUCUCCUCGUGACCUUUAUCUGCUCUCAUCUGACCUCCAUCUUUUCUCAAAAAAUAAAACUAAACAUGAUGAACACAUUCGGCUGCAGACUAACAGGAUUAACGCUGUGGUGAGGGCCAGUGAAUAAUUGCUGGCCUCCAGGCAUGUGAGGCGCUCUGAGAUUGGAGGUGUGCGGAUGAAAGAUGACUUUACUGGCUGGCGAUGGCUCUGACUAUGACUACAGUGCCUUGAGCUGCCUCUCGGACACCUCGCUGAACCCACCACCCAUCCAGGAUAGCGAGGCCCUUAAGGGUGUUUACUACAAACGUGCCCGGUGCCUUGCUAAGGAUCCUGACGCCGAUGCCAGCCUCUUGCCUGGCUCCCAACGCUUACAUGCCAUCAUCAAUGUGGGUGGCCUGCGCUACCAGUUGCCAUGGAGCACGCUGGAUGACUUUCCACUGUCACGGCUAGGCCGCCUGCGUCUGUGUACAAGCUUCGAUGAGAUCAUGUGUGUGUGCGACGACUACGACGUGGCUCGAAACGAGUUCUUCUUUGACCGAAGCCCGUGUGCUUUCCGUGCCAUCCUGACGUUCCUGCGUGCCGGCAAGCUGCGUGCUUUGAGGGACACUUGCGCUCUGUCCUUCCGGGAAGAACUGCUGUACUGGGGUGUCCCAGAGGAAAAGCUGGAGUGGUGCUGUCGAAGGCGCCUGAUUCAGCGCAUAGAGGAGCGAGACGAGCUCGAAAGGGUGGCCGAUGAAGAUGAGGAAGAAGAGGAUGAUGAGAGUGACAGAGGUGGUAGGGAGGAAGGCACUGAUAGAGAAUCUCGACUGGGCCGCUGCAUGGUCAAGCUAAGAGACAUGGUGGAAAGGCCGCACUCAGGUCUUCCCGGAAAGAUCUUCGCUUGCCUCUCAGUGCUUUUUGUCACUAUCACAGCCAUUAAUCUGUCCAUAAGCACCAUGCCUGCCAUGAGGGAGGAGGAAGAAAAUGGCAAAUGCUCCCAGAUGUGCUACAACAUCUUCAUUGUGGAGACCGUGUGUGUGGCAUGGUUUUCUCUUGAGUUUACACUGCGCUUCAUUCAGGACCGCAGCAAGCUGGCCUUCCUCCGUCAUCCGCUCAACCUGAUUGACGUGGUGGCCAUCUUGCCCUACUACAUCACCCUGGCUGUGGAUGGCACCUCCACGGGCUCGGGCAGCAGCUAUCUGGACAAAGUUGGGCUUGUUCUGCGUGUCCUGCGGGCUCUGCGCAUCCUGUACGUGAUGCGUCUGGCACGGCAUUCACUCGGGCUUCAGACGCUGGGCCUUACAGCACGCCGCUGCACGCGCGAGUUCGGCCUGCUGCUGCUGUUCCUGUGCGUGGCCAUCGCGCUCUUCUCCCCGCUCCUGUACCUGAUCGAGAACGAGGUGGCGGCCACGCAGGAGUUCAGCAGCAUCCCGGCCACAUACUGGUGGGCGGUGAUCACGAUGACGACGGUGGGCUACGGUGACAUGGUGCCACGCAGCAUACCUGGCCAGGUGGUGGCACUCAGCAGCAUCCUGAGCGGCAUCCUUCUCAUGGCCUUCCCCGUGACAUCCAUCUUCCACACGUUCUCCCGUUCCUACGUGGAGCUGAAGCAGGAGCAGCAGCGCCUCCUCCAGCGGCGGACUCACUUCCUCUUGCGAGGGCGCGUGCCCGGCCUCGGGAGUAACGGGUCACUAGAGAGCGACGUCCUGUUUCCCAGCGCCUCGUCCGACCCGAGAGACCUCGAGGACUGAAACGAAAAACACGGCAGAUGACGUGAAUAAGGACAGAGAACUUUUAGACGUCAGUUUUCAGCAAUCUGAACUUUGAACCGAGGUCAAAGUAUGCUUAGCUGUUUUUCAGGAGUCAGCCAUUAACCGACACAGGGUGAAUUCAGGUGCAGCAGAUAAAAUGAUCACAUCUCUAAGUGGCGGUUUCCUACUUCUGUUCUUAAAUUGAAUACACUGGGGGGAGAAAUGGUAUGAGAACGUACGUUUACGGCAUUUGGUAGACGCCCUUAUCCGGAUCGACUUACAUUUAUCUCAUUUAUACAUCUGAGCAGUCGAGGGUCAAGGGCCUUGCUCAAGGGCCCAGCAAAUUUCCCAUCAAUUCAUUGCUUCAUUGCUUAUACUAAACUUAACUAAACAAGUUCUAAGUAAUCGAAUGCAUUAUGUAUGCAUGAGCGAUUCACACUGUAUUAACCGAAACCAUGAGACAGUCACGAGACUGUCGGCGCUGACCGGAAUGAUAACUACCUGCUGUGGUCGUACAGCGCAGUUGCAGCACACGCAUUUAUUUCAGGGCUUUGAAAAUACACGAUCGAAUCAUGUCGGAUGUAUGAAAACGAGCUAUCUUACUGUAACUCGGUGAAAUCACAUGGAACCGACGUUCACAUUUGAAUUCAACGAGCUUCUUUCUUUUCAGUCUACGAACGUGGAAAAAAUAUCGAAGAUUUCCCAAACCCUGUUAAUAGACACUGUAUGGCCAAAAGUACGUCGUCAUGGCACCUACAUGAACGUCUUCGCUAAACAUUUGCCACGGAACGCACAGUUGUCUGUAACGUCUUUGCAUGCUGUAGCAUUAAGAUUUACCCUCAGGAACGAACAGGCCCAAACAUAAUAUUCCAGCAUGACCAUGCCCCUGUGCACAGAGUGAGGUCUGGAAAGACAUGGUAUUUCCAACGCUGGAGUGGAAUCUGGAAUGGGAUGUUCAAAAAGCACCUAUUAGUAUGAGGGUCAGGUUUCCACAAAAAUCUAGCCCAUGUAGUGUAUGUGUCCCAAAUGAACAAAUGUGCCAUUAAAUAUGAGCUUUUAUUAUUAUUAUUAUUAUUAUUAUUAUUAUUAUUAUUAUUAUUAUUAUUAAUGGCAGAAAGCUUAAAAAAGUUGGAAAUUCAAAUAAUAAUUUUAAAAAAACUGUCCCAAUAUAUCUGAAUUCACCCUAUUAAAAUGCCCAUUAUACAAAUAUACGUUGUUCUCCUUUCUAACCGUUACAAUUCCCGUGAUAUAAAAACAAAGAGGAGGGUCCCAUGUUUAAAGUAAUCAAGCGAACUACUUAUUCCUUAAAUGGUUAUAACCUGUAAUCUAAUAUGUAUUGUUUGUAUGUAUGUAUUUAUUCCUCAUAUUUCUGAAUAUUGCCAACUUCAAAGCACGAGUUUAAAUCUAAAGAACGUCCUGUCCUACACUAUAGGCUAUUUAAGCACAACGCCCUAAGGCUACGUUUAACACAUUAAACGCACUAAUCACAUAAAGAGCCAGAUCAAUGGUCUACUACUGUUGAAUGAAUGCAGAAUUUUGUUUUGUGACUUGAAGAGUGAUUUCUUAAAUACACACAUGGAGUAUUAAAGGAAUAAAUUUCUUUUGAUUUGUGUUGGUGAAGAUUUACUCUUUACAUACAACUUCUCAAGGAUACAUGGUACAUUGUAGCUCUGAUUAUGUUCACUUGAAUUGUUUGUUCCUGUGGAUUGUU